AUGGAGAUAGGGGAUGAUGCUACCGCUGUUGUAAAUACGGAGCCAGUAAGUGAGGGGGAAGAUAUCUUGAACAGAGAAGAACUUGAAAGGGAGCUUGUCGCUACUGAGGAUGACAUUCAAACCUUGAAGGAGGCUCUUAAUGUCAAGAUUAAACAUUUGGUCGAGAUAAAGAAAAAACUUGGUCACACAGAUAUAACCACCAUUUCCUACGAUGUUAGAGAAGGUUUAACUCGAUUUGGCGAAAGUGAGACCAUGCAGAAAACUCAACGUGCUUUCGCUCAAGCUCGAAGCAAGACAAUUGAUGUUGCGGAGGACGUAAAGGAGAAAAUAACCACGUCUUUCGAAAACAUUAAGAAUUCAGAUGCCUUUAAGAACAUCUCGGAAACCAUGGGCUCCGCUUUUGGUACCAUUAAGGAUGCCAUCGUGAAAUCGACCUAUGGUACACUGCCGGAGGAUGGGGAUUGA